UCUUGGAUCCCUGUCCCCUUAAGAAGCUGCAAGGCAGAAGCUGCCACAGCUGGGAGCCCUUUCCCCACCUGUGCCUUGUUCCCGUGAUGAAUGGCUCUGCUUUGCAAUAUAGGGCAAGCAUGGCUGAGGAAGCCUCCGGCAGGGAUUCUCAGCAGCUGCCUCACCUCUUUCUGGCCCCUCCAGCUGAAGUCCUGGGCGAGAUCCUAAGCAAGCAGUUUGGCCCCCUGCCUUUCAUGGCUCCCAUUACACGGAUGAAGAGGAAGCCAUCGGGCUACUAUUACUCCACUGAGAACCGAGAGCAAGUCCUGGGUCGGAGAAGGGCAGCUAAUGCCAAAGAGCGGGAGAGGAUCAAGAAUCUGAACAGUGGCUUUUCCAAGCUGAAAUCAAUUGUCCCGUUGAUUCCAAAAGACCGGAAGCCAAGUAAGGUGGACAUGCUUAAAGCCACAGCUGAAUAUAUUCGCCUGUUGCGCUUGAUUCUGAAAGACACCGGAGGGAUUCAGGGGGAAGCAGUUGCCAAGGGUCCACCUCCUGGGCCCGUGGCGGUGGCGGAGCCGUCAGAGAAGUGCUUACCAGGACCCAUCCCAUCCCAGGGGCCCAGCUGUUGCAUCAAGACUGAGAAUGGCCUGGAGCUGGUGUGGACCAAUCAGAGGAUGCAAACCCCCGUGGGCACCUGGGGGGAGACCAUUCUGCCUGCUUACAUGGGGAUUGUAGAACUUCACAAGAGCAUCCAUUUAUGAAUGAACAGACGAUCUUUUCAUCACACUGAGCACUUUUGAGUACCCUCUUCUAUCUCUCUUAUGUUCCUUCAUCAGCACUUCUUGGGUGUAAGAGUUAAUUAAAGAGCCACACUAAGUAUU